AUGGUCCCGAGGGCGGUCGAGGAGAUGAACACGGGUUUCGUGGGCAUCCUGACCUCGACGGUGAACCUGAGGCACAACGAGGUGGUGUGCGGCAUCAUGGCCGACGUCAUGUGCCUGAUCGAGAUCGGUAUGAGAUACGAGGAGUCACCGAAGGACAGCUUGGACAUGGUCUGCCUCAACGUGGUGUCGGGGAGGCACAUGGGCAUCAUCAAGUACCUGUUCGAGGUCACGCAGAUGUUUGUGUUCACGAACGAGAACGUGUCUCUGCACAUGUGCCUGAGCGAGCAGCUCUACCCGGUCGUCACCACGGUCUUGACGGCGAAUAGGCACGUGAACAUGCACAUGAACGUCGACUGGCUCAUCCUCAUCACCAGGCUCACGACCGCUAGGACGAAGAGCAACGUGGCGGUCAUGAUGGGCGUGUCCAUGGAGCCGAGCGAGAUCUUACAGGUCAUGAGCACCAUGGACGUGUUGGUGUCCAUCCUGGUGUCCAUAUCCAACCCGGUGACGAUGAUCAGCAUUAGUAACGCGAUGAGGGAGAGGAGGAUGGUCAUGGAGACCGUCCUGGCCUCGGACCCGGACAGGGUCAUAGCGAGGGUCAGAAACGCUGUCAUAGACACGAAGAGCGGCAAGAUCAGGACGCUGUUCAGGCAGGAGCCCGAGUGCACGGCCAGGAUGGUGAACGCGAUGACGUACAUGAUCAGACCCAUGAACCUGAGGAGGAUGUGCUUCGACUGCAGAAUGAUGCACAUGUUCAGCACUAUGCUCUUGCGCAUACUCAGGAACGUGGACGCGGCCGUGACCGUGGAUGUCGGCGUGGACUGGUCCGAGAGCUUCGCUGAGAACAUCACCAUCGGCCUGGACGAGUACGACAACCCGAUCUAUACCAUCAUCAUCCUAAUCGUCAUGUCCCUGAGCAACGACAUCAUGGCGGCCCUGGAGAGGUUGGCCACCGUGCCGGUGCGCGUGGGCGAGAGGGACUCGAUCCUCAUCAACGCCGGGAAGCUGGACGACCUCGUGGGGGUGUACGAGGACCUCUAUACGGUCACGCACACCAUCUGGCGCAACUUGCCGGACCCGCCCGACUGCGAGAGGGUGCAUGUCAUCGUCUAG